GUGGGUCGGAGCCCUGGGGUUGGGCAGCGGCCGUUCCGUGCAACUUUCAAGUGGGUGGGCAGGCCCGCCUCUCCUUGAACCCAGACCCCUCUCGUGGCAACCGGGGGAGGGGGGAGCGGGGCUCCCUCCAUUUCUCCCCACCUCCCCCCCCCGACGAGGGGUCGCCCCUCCGGCCGGCAGGAUGGUGUCCUGGAUGAUCUGCCGUUUGGUGGUGCUGGUAUUUGGCAUGCUGUAUCCCGCCUAUGCCUCGUAUAAGGCUGUGAAGACCAAGAACAUUCGGGAAUAUGUCCGCUGGAUGAUGUACUGGAUCGUCUUCGCCCUCUUCAUGACAAUCGAAACCUUCACAGACAUCUUCAUCUCCUGGUUCCCUUUCUACUAUGAGAUCAAGAUGGCCUUCGUGGUGUGGCUGCUGUCCCCUUAUACCAAGGGCGCCAGCCUGCUCUAUCGCAAGUUUGUGCACCCGGCCCUGGCUCGCCGGGAGAAGGAGAUCGACUCGUAUAUCGUGCAGGCCAAGGAGCGCAGUUACGAGACCGUGCUGAGCUUCGGAAAGCGGGGCCUCAACAUUGCCGCUUCGGCUGCCGUGCAGGCUGCCGCCAAGAGCCAGGGUGCGCUGGCUGGGCGGCUGCGGAGCUUCUCCAUGCAGGAUCUGCGGACCAUCCCCAGUGACCCCAUCCCCGCCUACCGGGAUCCGCUCUACCUGGAGGACCAGGAGCCGGACCCGAGACCUCCCAUUGGAUACCACGCCCGAGGGUCGCGGUUCGGGCCGGACAGCGACUCCGAGGAAGAGUGCUGGUCGGACUCUGAGGUCUCCUCCCAACCUCCACCCCGCCCCCGGGAGAAGCCCUUGGCCCGGAGCCAGAGUCUGCGGGUGGGCAAGAAAAAGCCCCCGUUGAGAGAGACUACAUCACGCUCCCUGAAGAGUCGGACGCGGAAAAAGGUGGUCCCAUCAGAACUGGACAAUUAGCUCCAUCUAGUUUUAAUUCUUACUCUGAGGGUAUCCUGUGCCCUUCCUCCUCUUCCUCCUUUGGCUUCUUUUGUGCCCUCAGCAGCCUGGGGCAGGCCCUUGGAGGACUGGAUCGGGCGAAAAGAGGUGUGGAGUCUCUCUCCGAUGGAUUGAAGCAGAUUUUCUGAGCUCUCGACUGUCCCGGUGUCUGUGUCCCUGACUCCCGUCCCCCUCCUCCGCUUCCUUCCCCACCACUCCCGGCUCCCCGGGGCAGUGGCACCAGCCCUAGCUGAUCCCCGGGCUACCCCUGGCCUCCGAGAGCUGAGGGAACCCCAACUCCUGCCCCGGAGCGUCAGUGGGGAAUUGAGUCCCAGAGUCAGCCUGCAGCCUCUACUCCCUCAGGUCCCCGCCGCCCGACUCCUUCCGCCGGCACUUUGGGGUGGGGAGGGGGGGCUCACGGGCCACCCAGGCCUCCGAUGAUACCAAAGCAGCUCUCCCCCCACAGCUUCUUUGCUUGGGGGCUAUUUAUUGCCUCUCCUUACCCAUCUUUCCCGGCCCCCUCUCUCUUCCUCCUUUCCCACCUGAGGGCGAUGCGGGAAACGUAACCUCUUGAACCCCAAUUCCAACAGUCGUCCAGCCCCCGGCAACUAUAUCCCUCUUCCCGGGUCCGGCUCCGACCAUUCCGCCCCCGGUCUCCUUCCCGUUCCCCGGAUACUUGACCGGUCCUCCGACUCCACCUGCGCACACGUGUGCGUGCGUGUGUGUGUGUGCAUCGUGUGUGUCCAGUGUAUGAAGGACUAACUGGAUUUCUGUCUUCUGAUAAAUAAAUUCAUGGAUUUUUUUUUUU